AUGGGUAACGGAGGCGGAGAUGGGCAUCAUGGUGGGCAUGGUCCCCAUGUAGGACUUCUCUUUGGGCAUGGUCUCAAAGGACGUAGGGGUCAUGGGUUCCAUGGACAUGGACAUGGGCAUCAUGUGAGGGUUCCAUUAGUCCAUGGGCAUGGACUUUUCAAACAUGGUCAUCAUGGUCAUCCCAAAGGUCACGACCAUGGUCACAAAGGGAGGGAGGGCCAUGCGCAUGACUGGUGCGGAAGGCGCCACACCUGUAUGGAGCAACCGGAACCGGAGCAGCAACAGGAGCAGCAACAGGAACAAGAAGUUGUGGCUGGGACGCCAACUCCAAUAACCGAGGAACUCGAUACUCUUGGACAUGGGAAUCAUGUGAGGGUUCUUCUAGUCCAUGGGCAAGGACUUUUCAAACAUGAUCAUCAUGGUCAUUGCAAAGGUCAAGGUCAUGUUCACAAAGGGAGGAGGUGCCAUGCGCAAGGCCGGUUUGGGAGGCAUCAUACCUGUACGGAGCAAUCAGAACCGGAACAGGAGCAAGAGCAGCAACAGGAGCAGGAAGUCGUGGCUGCCACACCAACUCUAAUAACCAAGCAACUCGGUACUCUAGGACAUGGGCAUCAUGUGAGGGUUCUUUUAGUCCACGGGCAUGGACUUCUCAAACAUGGUCAUCAUGGUCAUUGCAAAGGUCACAGUCAUGGGCACAAAGGGAGGAGGUGCCAUGCGCAUGGUCGGUUCGGGAGGCGUUAUACUUGUGCAGAGCAACUGGAACCGGAAGAGGAACAGGAGCAGCAACAAGAACAAGAAGUCGUGGCUGCAACACCAACUCCCAUAACCGAGCAACUCGAUACUCUCGCUCUGACUGCCGACUAG